GCUGCCAUUCGCAAUUCUGCCGUCGUCGACACACGUUAUCUCCCGACGUCAUGGCAAACCACAAGACCAGCAACAACUCGGAUGCGCGCCCUACGAACUCCCUCGUGUCGCCUCUGCUCACAGAUCUGUACCAGAUCACCAUGGCCUACGCGUACUGGAAGGUUGGUCGCCACGAAGAACAGGCAGUCUUCGACUUGUUUUUCCGCAAGAACCCAUUCAAGGGUGAAUUCACCGUCUUUGCGGGUUUGGAAGAGGUCCUUGGAUACUUGAACUCGUUCAGAUUCUCCGACAGCGACAUUGCAUACUUGCAAAGCGUGUUGCCUGCCACGACCGAAGCUGGAUUUUUUGAGUGGUUGCGCACGCUCGACUGCACCCAAGUCAAGGUGCAUUCGCUCCAAGAAGGCACGAUUGCCUUCCCUCGCAUUCCUGUGUUGCGUGUGGAAGGUCAUUUGGGCAUCACGCAACUCCUCGAAACCGGAUUGCUCAACUUGCUGAACUACGCCAGUUUGAUGGCGACCAACGCCACCCGCUUCAUCAAGGCGGCCGGAAAGGGCAAGACAUUGCUUGAAUUUGGUUUGCGUCGCGCUCAAGGUCCCGACGGCGGCAUUUCUGCGUCCCGAUAUUCGUACAUGGCGGGUUUCCACGGCACGAGCAAUGUGUUGGCGGGCAAACUGUUUGGCAUUCCCAUCAAGGGCACCCACGCCCACGCGUUUGUCCAAGCGCAUCGCGACUUGGACGAUGUCAAAGUGCCGUUUAUUGGCAAGGACAACUUGAAGGAAUUGACGUUGGCGUAUCGCGCGAAAUUGGGCUUUUUGGACACAAACGACGGCGAAUUGGCCGGCUUCAUUUCGUACGCCGUGGCGUUUCCCCAUACAUUUUUGGCCCUCGUCGACACGUACGACACGUUGGCGUCUGGGGUGCCUAACUUUUUGUGCGUGGCGUUGGCGCUCAACGAACUCGGCUACAAGCCUGUGGGUAUCCGCUUGGACAGCGGCGACUUGGCGUACUUGUCCAAGGAAGCUCGGCGCAUGUUUGUCACGACGGCCGAAGCGUUCAAGCUGGACGCGUUCAAGACGCUUACGAUUGUGGCCAGCAACGACAUUAACGAAGCCGUGCUCAACUCUCUGAACGAACAGGGCCACGAAAUCGACAGCUACGGCAUUGGCACGCACUUGGUCACGUGCCAAGCGCAGCCUGCGUUGGGCAUGGUGUAUAAACUGGUGCAAAUCGCAGGCCAGCCGCGCAUCAAGUUGUCGCAAGAGCCGAGCAAGGUGACGAUUCCGGGCCGGAAGAAGGCGUUCCGAUUGAAAGGCGCCAACGGCUCGCCCAUCUUGGACCUCCUCAUGGGGUGCGAAGAAGCCGACCCGGUGCCCGGUGUCAAGAUGCUGUGCCGCCAUCCGUUUGACGAGAUGGUGCGUGUGAACGUGACGCCGUCGGCCGUCGUGCCCCUGCACAGCUUGGUGUGGGACGGCGAGAAUGGCGGCAUCGUCGGCGACCUGCCGUCGUUGGAAGACAUCCGCAGCUACGUCAAGGACCAAGUGGCCACCAUGCGCGAAGACAUUAUGCGACCGUUGAACGCCACGCCUUACAAAGUGUCGGUGACCAAGAGUCUGUACGACUUUACGCACGUGUUGUGGGAAAAGGAGUUCCCCGUGCGCGACUUGCAUUAACAUUGUUUAUAAGACAACAAAAAGCAAAGUGCAAUAAUGGGAAUGUGGUGGAAUGAAGGCGGUUGUGAAUGUUCUCAAUUGCUCUUUUUGGCCUUACUGGUCUUGUUCAGUUCGUGGCGCUUGACAGCGACCACCAAAUGUGCCAUGGCAUGGAUGUUGCUGGCCAGUUGCACAAACCCGAUGGCGAGGAGUGGUCCGGCGACGAAGAUGCCCAUAAACACGCCGUGGGUGUCAAAGUAGUUUUGCGAUGCAAACGCUUGCCAGUUGUCGCGGCCGACGGAAUUCAGGUACUCGCUCGUGUAAAUGGUGCCACAAAUCAAGACAAACAGCCCCACUUGAACAGGGUACACGUGGCGGAAGGCCAGCACUGCCGUGAGUAGCAGGACGUGGAAGGAUAUGAGACCGAGGAUCAAAGGUUCCUGCCAGUCCACAGCUUCGUACCACUGAACCAGCAUGUGUCCAUACUCGUGCGACAGCUCCUUGCGCACUUGAUCGACGAUCGUGUCCAUCGCACAAAAC